AUGAUUUAUUCUUUGAAAAGCUCAGAAAUAAAACCACGUUCAGUUUGGGAAGAGUAAGUGAUUCCCCAGAGGUGAUUCCCUAGUUUACCUCAGCUUGUUAUUGACUGCUCCAUUGGCUUAUGAGUGACGGCCUAGCUAUUUGGACUCCUGAGCUUUAAUAAUAAAAUAAUAUAAAUUUUUCGCUUGUUUAAUUUGCGUAAAUGUAUUCUUCUUAACACAGAAAAAAACUUUCUAUCCACGCGUUGACGUGAAAUAUCUUCGAUUUCAUGCUCUACACAUCAUAAAUUGACAUACAUAAGCUGUUUCUUGACAUUUCAAUAUGUUUGUGUCAGGGCUGUAGGUCUGCAGCUUUUUUGAGAAAAAGUAGUGUUGGGAAAAUAUUUUGUUAAAAAGUUUUAUUUCAUAGGAAUUUUAAGCUAUCAGCUCUUCAAAUCUGUACUGCACUAUUCCGUAAUGUACUGUGUUUUAUUUUUCUAACAUAUUUAAUAUAAUGUUUCUCGCAUUAGAGACCUUGCUGUUGCUAGUAUAACUGAAAAGAUGAAGAAACUGGAAAGAGACUUACGAAGUAGCAAUUCAGAAUACGAUAAAGCGAUGGCUGAUUUACAUGUACGUUGUUGAAUGAUGUAUAGCAACUCUAAUAGUAUUAUAUAGCGUUAAUUGAUUUUGCUUUAUGGUUAACAAAAUAUCCCACAAACCCGCUCUUCGAGCUUUUGCAUAUUAAUUAAGCUGGGGCUGGUUGUAUAAAAAAAUGAUUUAAUUAGCUAUUGUUAGUGGAAAAGGUGACUAAUCAGAAUCGCGUAUUUUAGAGUUAAUUAUACUAUUCAACUCAAAAUGGGUAUAGUUGAAAAGUAGUUAAGAGUUUUAUACAACCGGUCCCUGGACAAUUUCUGAUUCUGAUACGAUCACUUUGUUGUCUUCAUCUUUUAUUUGUGCAACUUAACAACCACCUCCUUCAUUUCACGUGAAGUACGCCAGGUGAGCUUCUGCUGAAGUCCGCUUUUUUAAAAGAGAGUAUUUUUCCCAGUUCAAAUAGCUCAAUCUCAUGCAAGACCAAUUUCGCUCCCAGAGCUUCCCGUUCGCAGGUUAGAUGUUGGACAUGAACAGUAUAGUCUGGGUACGAGAUUGUCUCAGACUCUCAAUGCUAUAUACACUGCACGUCGUGCACGAUGCCAAACAGUCGUGUGCAUGGUUCUGUAUAUCGUCACAUGCCUGACAUUAUUCGGUUAAAAUUCUAAAUGAAAUCAAACUUAAUCCAACGUCACUUAAGGUAGCUCGGUAUAGUUAUCACAAGAACCCUGCUCAAGAAUCGCAAACUCAAAACCGGGUGACCAUUUUUACGCGCAGGUCGCGGAAACUGAUUAACAAAAUGAAAAGAACUUCCAAAAUGACCUGACGUGAGCAGUUGCUCGCGCCCAUAUCACGCCAUCGCGCGUGUUCUAUAGCGUUUUAUGUUCAAAUUUUGCAUGCUGUAUUGCACCGCUAAAAACUUUCAUUAUACUCAAAAAAUAAAAAAAUUCUGUAAUGCCCAAAAAAUUUUACCGAAGAAUAUGACAUUUUCGCAUUCUCCAAAAAAAUGGCAUUACAGAAUUUUUUAUAUUCUGCUAAAUGUUAGCUUUUCGUCCAAGUAAAAUAAUGCACGAAAAAAAAUUGGGGGUCACCAUGCUUCUUUUCCAACUAUACGAGGCGAUAGACCAUUUUGGAGUGAAUUUCGUACACGUAUGUCGUCAUAGCAACGAACUAUCUGUUACUAAAACUAAUAUAAUUUGAAAGUAGAGUUAUGAAAAUAUAUAAAAAACCCAAUAUCUGCUGAAUAAAUCCUAAAAAUGCGUAGUUUGAACAUGUCAAAGUGUUGAACACCUGAAUUUUUGAAAACUGUAUCGAGCCACCUUAACAUUGGUAUAAGAUGGACUAUGUUGGUUCCCAUCCACUGAACAUAUUGGAUGAUGUUAGGUCAACAUGUUGGGUGAUGUUAGAUCAACAUGUUGAGUGAUGUUAGAUCAACAUGUUCGAUGAUGCUAAAUUAGAUCAAAAUAUUGGGUGAUGUUAGAUCAACAUGUUGAGUGAUAUUAGAUCAACAUGUUGAGUGAUGUUAGAUCAACAUGUUCGAUGAUGUUAGAUCAACAUGUUGAGUGAUGUUAGAUCAAUAUGUUGAGUGAUGUUAGAUCAACAUGUUAGUGAUGUUAGAUCAACAUGUUGAGUGAUGUUAAAUCAACAUGUUGAGUGAUGUUAGAUCAACAUGUUGAGUGAUGUUAGAUCAAAAUGUUGAGUGAUGUUAAAUCAACAUGUUGAGUGAUGUUAGAUCAACAUGUUGAGUGAUGUUAGAUCAACAUGUUGAGUGAUGUUAGAUCAAAAUGUUGAGUGAUGUUAAAUCAACAUGUUGAGUGAUGUUAAAUCAACAUGUUGAGUGAUGUUAGAUCAACAUGUUGAGUGAUGUUAGAUCAACAUGUUCGAUGAUGUUAGAUCAACAUGUUGAGUGAUGUUAGAUCAACAUGUUGAGUGAUGUUAGAUGAACAUGUUGAGUGAUGUUAGAUGAACAUGUUGAGUGAUGUUAAAUCAACAUGUUGAGUGAUGUUAGAUCAACAUGUUGAGUGAUGUUAGAUCAAAAUGUUGAGUGAUGUUAAAUCAACAUGUUGAGUGAUGUUAGAUCAACAUGUUGAGUGAUGUUAGAUCAAAAUGUUGAGUGAUGUUAGAUCAAAAUGUUGGAUGAUGUUAGAUCAACAUGUUGGGUGAUGUUAGAUCAAACUGUUUCGUUGCGAAAUGUUGUAAAAUGCGGAUAAUAUAACCUUGCGAAGUUUGCCGUUUUUCAGUCAUUUAGCAUUACGCGGAGGAAAUGUUGGAUGAUGUUAGAUCAACAUGUUGAGUGAUGUUAGAUCAACAUGUUCGAUGAUGUUAGAUCAUCAUGUUGGGUGAGUUAGAUCAACAUGUUGGAUGAUGUUUAGAUCAUCAUGUUGGGUGAGUUAGAUCAACAUGUUGGAUGAGUUAGAUCAACAUGUUAGAUGAUGUUUAGAUCAACAUGUUGGGUCAACCUCGUACCCAGGUUCUCAAUCUUCGCCCCUACCUCUCUUGAAUUGAGACCCUGGUAUUGGCUGGUCACGUGACCCGUCAUAUUCUGGCGGAUUUGCUCAAUGUUUUUAGGGAAAGGAUAGUAACUGAGAUGUUUUGUUUUGUAAUGUUAUUUUAACAAUAUUAAUGUUUACUACAAUAUCUACUUACUAUACUUUCCCUAAAACAAUUGAGCAAAUCCAAAAUAUGACGGGUCACGUGACCAGCCGAUACCAGGGUCUCAAUUCAAGCGAGGUAGGAGCGAAUAUUGAGAACCUGGGUACGAAGUUGCAUGUUGGGUAUGUUAGAUAACAUGUUGGAUGAUGUUUAGAUCAACAUGUUGGAUGAUGUUUAGAUCAACAUGUUGGAUGAUGUUUAGAUCAACAUGUUAGGUAUGAUGUUCUGUGUUGGUGUAUUGUACUCAGGUGAAUGAUUGAAAAAUCAAGCUUGCCCGGUGUGGAUAUACACUCAGAGUAACAUCACAAACAUUAUAUUCACCUGAGUACAAUACACCAACACAGAACAUCAUGAUUAUUAGAUUGCAUUGGUAUCGAAGGAACUAGACUCAGUUCCGAAAUAUCACAUACUCGAACCGACCUGACCGCGUAACUCAGUUGGUAGAGCAUUGGGCUAGUAUUCCAAAGGUCGUAGGUUCGAUUCCCACCGUGGCCAGUCAUAUUUUUCAAGCUUGCCCGGUGUGGAUAUACACUCAGAGUAACAUCACAAACAUGCUGGGUAUGUUAGAUCAAUAUGUUGGGUAUGUUAGAUCAACAUGUUUGGUAUGUUAGAUCAACAUGUUUGGUAUGUUAGAUCAACAUGUUGGGUAUGUUAUGUCAACAUGUUGGGUAUGUUAAAUGAACAUGUUUGGUAUAUUAGAUAACAUGUUGGGUAUGUUAAAUCAACAUGUUGUGUAUGUUAGAUCAACAUGUUGGGUAUAUUAGAUCAACAUGUUUGGUAUGUUAAAUCAACAUGUUGGGUAUGUUAGAUCAACAUGUUGGGUAUGUUAGAUCAACAUGUUUGUUAUGUUAGAUCAACAUGUUGGGCAUGAUAGAUCAACAUAUUUGGUAUGUUAGAUCAACAUGUUUGGUAUGUUAGAUCAACAUGUUGGAUAUGUUAAAUCAACAUGUUGGGUAUGUUAGAUCAACAUGUUGGGCAUGUUAGAUCAACAUGUUGGGUAUGUUAGAUCAACAUGUUGGAUGGGUUUAAUUAAAAAGGGCUUGAAGUCGAAGGAUCUUCCUAUUUUUAUACCAAUACUCGAUUUUAUGUAUUUCUAAGGUUAUGAAGGCGCAACUUGAUGCAGUACGACUUGAAAAUCGCCAUCUUAAGGAAGCAUCAUUUCAAGGUGAACUAAAGGUAAAGACAUAUUAUGAUUUGCGUGUGCCACUGCUAAGCCUAGUCCAUGCCUUUGUGAAUUAGCUUGCACCUUGCGUAUAGCUUGGAUAAAAUAAGAACCUUUGUCGUCACCGUUGCGUACACACAGCUAACCCAGGCAGCAAUAUUAACUGUUGGCGAAUACAAAGAGAGAGAGACUCGACUACUAUAUGACCCUACAAAUUUAUAUUCGAAGAAUAAACGUUCAGGCUAGGUUUAGGGCAGAUAAUUUUCAUGAAUGUUUAAUGCCCUAUUGCCCGUUACUGCAUUAACGUUCCGUAUAUAAAAAUAAAAUAAUAAAGUAAAAUCAUCAAUUAUAUAUUUUUUAUUCUAAACGUUAUUCAGAUUCUACACUUGGUUAUUUUGUGCACUUUGUAGGAUCUCGAUCUUUAUCAUAGCAAUAAGCAGUUCAUGUCAGACCUCCAGGUACGGUAAUUAGAUUUAUAUACCAGGAAGCGUAUAUGUACUUUUCUAUAAUGUCGGUUCAAACCAGUCCAGUAGUCCAACAUUGAACUUUGGUCCAACAAUAAAGUGAAACUUUAACCAACAGCUUCCAACAUCAAGCAACAUUUCCAAUCAUGGUGUUGAAACAGAUCCAAUAUUCAAUGUCGCAUCCAUGCAGUAAUGUAUAGGACCAAUUAACAUGUUGGUCUGGUUUUAACAGUUACACGACCAAAAGGGACGUACAGUAUACCAAAUCAUAGCUUUCUCUAGUUCUUGCGUAAAUAUAUAGUUCUAUGAUUUUCAUAUUCUAUAUAUGUAUUCUAUAUAAUCGCGAGCGCGAGAUUAAAGUUCCUAAACACUUGAUUGGGCAAGCAAAUCUCAUAAAAUACAUUUUGACCAAAUUAAAUGGGCGUCUUUUUGUCAUAUAAAUCUCAAAGAGAGGAGAAUGGGACAGAUGGUAAGUCAGUUAUUGCCCGCCGAUUCGUGCGGUUCCGAGGAAGGGAACAUGUAGCAUACAUUACAGCAUACAUUUAAUAUGAACUUUUGUCUAUACUCGCCAAUAAGUAUUUGAGGUAAAGAUAUUAUUCCUUGUGUUAUCAUGCGUAAAUGCCACCAUUGAUAUUUAUAAAAUGUUUAGUAUAAUGUUGUUAUCUUAAUUGCCGUUUUGUCCGUCCGCAACUCAUUCUUUUCGUCCGUUUACAUUUUAUCCUUCUGUCCGCCGUCCACAUUGGCGUUUUAUUCUAACUCGCAAAAUGUCUUAUUUGGCCAUUUUAUAAUGGUGUGAACUUUCGUUGCAUUUUAAUUAGCAUUUUAGUGCAUUUUAAUAGUUUGGUCUUUGGAUCAACAUAUUUUCUGGCGACGCAAACCGAUUUUUUUAUUUGACAAAAGGAUGUGGGUACAAGUCAUCGGGCGAGGUCCAGUCUAUCUCCCAAAGACACUGCAAGAUAUCCAGGAAAAGCAAGCCUCUCGCCUGACAGAAAAUCAAGUAGAAAUUCGACCUUCACUACAUCUCCUGAUGCGAGGUGAGCAAAUGGUUUUCUUUCUUUUCGUAUCUGUCUUUUAUUAUAAAUAAGUACUGCCUUUGUGAUUAGUCAUUCAAAAUAC